AUGCGGCUGGGCUCCGGGGCCUUCGCCGCGGGCUGCGUGGUCAUCGAGGUGCUCGGGGUCGCGCUCUUCCUUCGGGGAUUCUUCCCGGCUCCCGUUCGCUCCUCUUCCAGGACCGAGCACCAGACAGGGCCCGCAGCGCCCGAGCCCUCGGCAGGAGCCAGUUCCAAUUGGACCAAGUUGCCCCCACCUCUUUUCAGUAAAGUCGUUAUUAUGCUGAUAGAUGCCUUGAGAGAUGAUUUCGUGUUUGGGUCAAAGGGUGUGAAAUUUAUGCCCUACACAACUUACCUUGUGGAAAAAGGACCAUCUCGCAGUUUUGUGGCUGAAGCAAAGCCCCCUACAGUUACUAUGCCUCGAAUCAAGGCAAUGAUGACAGGACGCCUUCCUGGCUUUGUCGAUGUCAUCAGAAACCUCAAUUCCCCUGCACUGCUGGAAGACAACAUCAUCACACAGGCAAAAGAAGCUGGAAAAAGAAUUAUCUUCUAUGGAGAUGAAACAUGGGUGAAAUUAUUCCCAAAGCAUUUUGUGGAAUAUGAUGGAACCACCUCAUUUUUCGUGUCAGAUUAUACAGAGGUGGACAGCAACGUGACGCGGCACUUGGAUGGAGUGUUGGGAAGAGGGGGUUGGGAUGUGUUGAUUCUCCACUACCUGGGGCUGGACCACAUCGGCCACGUUUCUGGGCCCAGCAGUCCCCUGAUCGGACACAAGCUCAGCGAGAUGGACAGCAUCCUGAUGAAAAUCCACACCUCGCUGCUGUCAGAGGAGAGAGAAGCCCAUCCGCCCAGCCUACUGGUUCUCUGUGGCGAUCACGGCAUGUCUGAGCAUGGGGGACACGGGGCCUCAUCCCUGGAGGAGGUGAACACUGCUUUGCUCUUCAUCAGCUCUGCAUUCAAAAGGAAACCUGGUGAUGUCAGGCCCCCAGCACGUGCUCAGCAGACUGACCUGGCUGCCACACUGGCAAUAGGGCUUGGCCUGCCUAUUCCAAAGCACAGUGUGGGCCACCUCCUAUUCCCGGUUGUGGAAGGCAGGGCGAUGCGAGAGCAGCUGAGGUUUCUACACCUGAACACAGUGCAGCUCAGCAGGCUGUUGCAGGAGAACGUGCCAUCAUACGAGAGAGAGCCUGGAUUUGAACAGUUCAGAAUGUCAGAAAAGCUGCACGGGAACUGGGUCAGACUGUACUUAGAGGAAAAUAACUCAGAAGUCCUUCUCAACCUGGGAACCAAGGUCCGCAGGCAGUACCUGGAUGCCCUGAAGGCCCUGAGCCUGGCCCUGAGCAGACAGGUGGCACACUACGACAUCUACUCGAUGGUGGUGGGGACCGUCGUGGUUCUGGAGGUUCUCGCCCUGCUCCUGCUCAGUAUCCCACAGGCCCUGGGCGCCACGGCUGAGCUGGAGGUUCCCCUGUCGUCGCCUCUGUUUUCUCUGCUCUUCUACUUGAUGUUCCUGCUCCUCUGGGCCACGCACGUCGUCGUGUGUACCUCGGCCGAGGGCUUCUGCUACCUCUGCAGCCUCUCGUGGCCCACAGCGGGUUCGGUGAUGGUGCUGGUCUCCGUGAUGUUCUGUGCAGUUGUGUCUGCUCUGACCAGGACGUGUGUGGACGGGCAGCUUCUGAGGAGGAAUCUGGCCCUCUCCAGCUCCUGGUCAGAGCUGAGUCUCCUUAUCCUCGCUGGGACUGUGGGUCACGCCCUGAGUCUGGGUGCAAGCAGCUUCGUUGAGGAAGAGCACCAGACCUGGUACUUCCUCCUCAGCACCCUGUGUCUGGCCCUGGGUCACAGGAGCUACAGGGACUGCUUCCUGCGGGAUGGCAGGGAGCCGCAGCGGUGCUCACAUGUGGAAGGAGCAUCUGCCAGCGUGGCACCAGCUUUGCAGGACAAGAGUACUGGCUGCGAUGUGUUAGAGGUCAACCAGGAACAUAAGAGCCUGUCCUCCCUGGACACACUCCCAGGCCAUGAGAAGUGCAUGAUGCUGGCUGGCCCAUGGCUGAUCCUCGGCUGCUGCCGCCUCCUGCGGUCCCUGAACCAGACUGGGGUGCAGUGGGCCCACCGUCCUGAUCUGGGGCACUGGCUCACCAGCUCUGACCACAAGGCCGAGCUCUCCGUCCUGGCUGCCCUGUCCCUCAUUGCCAUCUUCGUGCUGGUUCAGGGCAGGUGCUCCCAAGUGUCCAGAGCAGCCCUGGCGCUUGGCCUGCUGGGCGUCUACUGCUACAGGGCAGCCAUUGGCCAGGUGCUGUCCCCAUGGCAACGAGGCAACAAAGACAUUUCAAGGGGCAUCAUUGAAGCUCGCUGUGUGUAUGUGUCUGUCCUCGGCAUUCUGUUCACGGGCACCAGAGGCAUGCUUCAGUCUUGCGCCCUCGCUUCCGAUGUCCCAGUCCAGCCCAUGUGUCUGUGGGAUGUGCACAGUGGACUGGUGCUCCUGGCAGCCUUGCUCUUCAGGCCCCAUAACCUCCCCGUCCUGGUGUGCAGCCUCCUAACCCAGACCAUGAUGGCCAGGUUCGUCUGGAGGCCCCUGCGGCACACUGCUGUGGAGGUCGCCGCCAUGCACUACUGGUUCGGGCAGGCGUUCUUUUAUUUUCAGGGAAACUCCAACAACAUCGCCACGGUGGACAUCUCGGCAGGAUUCGUGGGCCUGAGUACCUACGUGGAGAUCCCGGCCAUGUUCCUGACGGCGUUUGCGACAUACACAGGGCCCGUGCUAUGGGCCAGCCACCUGGUGAACUUCCUGAGUGCAGAACCCAGCAGAAGUUCAGCGCUGAGACACGCCUGCUUCUGCUACGCGCUGGUUGGCUCCAUCCCAGUUGCUGCCUACAUCAUCCUGGUGACGGCCCUGCGCUACCACCUGUUCAUAUGGAGUGUGUUUUCUCCAAAGCUCCUGUAUGAGGGGACGCGCCUGCUCAUCACAGCUGCCCUCUGCGUGUGCUUUACCGCCGUGGGCCGGGCCAGUGCAAAGGCAGACCUUGGGAAAAUAGCUAUAAAUGCAAGAUUAUCCUAAAGAGAAGGUGCGAAUUCUACCAUGUUGAUGAAUGGCUUCAGUUUCUCGGUUUACCAUACUUGAACUAGAGUCAGUGGUAAGUCGCAUCACAAGGGUCACUCUAGAGCGCUUGGUGCGAGUACGAAUCAGCUUCCCCUGUCAACAGUCACUACAGAACUGCUGAACUUUCAAUUUCUUCUGGGUAAGUUAUGGUACGACCGAGUUUGUGUGUUUAAAACGGUGUAUAAGAAGGUUGCAAGGUUGUCAUGUGUGUGACCUUCAGAGAGCCCCGCAGGCCUGGGGGAGGAGGCUCUUUGGCUCCUUGGCUGCAGAGCUCUGACCCCUUCACACAACCGUAGAAACCAGGGGCCCACAGAGCUUUGCUUCAUGUGGUUACAGCUGUUGGCACUGGUGCAUUUGAAAUUAAAACUAAGACAUUUCAGAAACUUACUCAUUUGAAAAUGUUAAUAAAAAAUAUUUUUAAGAAAAAUAACUAUUUUCCACAACAAAAAUAUUUAGCAAGAAGAGUGGCAUUACCUUAUAUUUUUGCAAAUCCCAAGUGUCUGGCUCAGUUGAAGAUGGUUGGAUUCUGCAUUCGGUCUCUUGUGAUGUGUGUACAGGUGACAUGGUCUCGCAGGCCUGUUGCUGGAACAGGGGGAGUAGCUCAUUCCUUUUCUGGUCCUCAUGGCUGUUCUGUUCGGACACUUCACUGAAACUCAACAAAUGACAGUCUCUUAAAGAUGAGUCGGAGGAAAAGCAAUGAGUGCAUGUGAGACUUUGCACCUGAGUUAGUGCUGCACCGGCCUCAGGCACUAGGUUUCCACAGGUCCUAUGUGGCUUUAAAUGCCACUGGGGGAAGCUGGGGCAUAGGACAAGGAACUGCACUGUUUCUGCAACUUCUUGUGAGAUUUAAACUUCUGCAAAAUAAAGUUAUUUUGAAAAGGAA